CGGCAUUAUAUGCUAAUGGUGUUUACAGUGCGAAACCGGAAGUACUUGGGGGAUUCUCCUCUUGCACCUGGUCGGUUCUCUGUGCUGUCGUCGAAGAAUGGCCACUGCUGCAGCAGGAAUAAACAAGCAGGGCGCCCUAGCGACGAUGGAGCCCUGUAUCCGACACGGGAGGGGGGCUCACGGAGGCACGGUCAAGGUGCUGGAGUGUGGUGUGUGUGAGGACGUCUUCUCUCUCCAGGGGGACAAGGUCCCUCGUCUUCUGCUCUGUGGUCACACUGUGUGCCAUGAUUGCCUCACCCGGCUGCCUCUCCAUGGCAGAGCGGUCCGCUGCCCCUUCGACAGACAGGUCACGGAGCUGGGCGACUCUGGAGUUUGGGGUCUGAAGAAGAACUUUGCUUUGCUCGAACUCUUGGAGCGACUCCAGAAUGGAGCCUCCAACCACAUGGGAAUGGCGGAGGACGCCCUGAAGGGCAUGGGAGAAUGUGUAAUCCGCUGUGAUGAGGACGAGAGCCACACGGCCUCUAUGUACUGCACUGUGUGUGCCACCCACCUGUGUGCCGAGUGCUCCCAGCACACCCACUCCACUCGCACGCUGGCCAAACACCGUCGGGUGCCGCUGGCCGACAAGCCUCAUGAAAAGACUCUGUGCCCGCAGCAUCAGGUCCACGCCAUCGAGUUUGUCUGCCUGGAGGAUGCCUGUCAGACUGGGCCUCUCAUGUGCUGCGUGUGCAAGGAGUACGGCAAGCACCAGGGACACAAGCACGCUGUUCUUGAGACGGAAGCUAAUCAGAUCCGCGCAUCCAUUUUGGACAUGGCGCACUGCAUUCGCACCUUCACCGAUGAAGUGUCCGAGUACUCGAGGAAGCUGGUGGGCAUCGUGCAGCAAAUCGAAGGCGGAGAGCAGAUAGUAGAGGACGGAGUUGGCAUGGCGCACACUGAACAUGUCCCCGGCACGGCCGAGAGUGCGCGGUCCUGUGUCCGAGCUUACUUCGCCGAUCUCCACGAGACUCUGUGUCGGCAGGAGGAGAUGGCGCUGAGCGUAGUGGACGCUCACGUCAGGGAGAGGCUGAUCUGGCUGAGGCAGCAGCAGGAGGACAUGACCAUCCUGCUGUCUCAGGUCUCCACCGCCUGCCUGCACUGCGAGAAGACACUUCAGCAGGACGACUGCAGAGUCGUGCUGUCAAAGCAGGAGAUCAACUGUUUGCUGGAGACUCUUCAGAAGCAGCAGCACCAGUUCACAGAGCUGGCAGAUCACAUUCAGCUGGAUGCUGGUAUCCCCGUCACCUUCACUAAGGACAACCGGGUCCACAUCGGCCCGAAGAUGGAGAUCCGCGUAGUGACUCUCGGGCUCGACGGAGCCGGAAAAACCACCAUCCUCUUCAAGCUGAAGCAAGACGAGUUCAUGCAGCCCAUCCCAACCAUCGGUUUUAAUGUGGAAACUGUUGAAUAUAAGAACUUGAAAUUCACCAUCUGGGAUGUGGGUGGAAAACAUAAACUCAGACCCCUCUGGAAACACUACUAUCUGAACACUCAAGCGGUGGUGUUCGUGAUUGACAGCUGCCACAGGGACAGACUCAUGGAGGCUCACAGCGAGCUCGCCAAACUACUGACGGAGAAGGAGCUGAGGGACGCUUUGCUGCUCAUCUUUGCAAACAAACAGUUUGCAUGUCUGCAGGACAUUCCCGGCGUUGUGUCAGUGGAGGAGAUGACGGAGCUGCUGAGCCUACACAAGCUGUGCUGUGGGAGGAGCUGGCACAUCCAGGGCUGCGACGCCCGCAGCGGGAUGGGCCUCCACGAGGGGCUGGACUGGCUCUCCAGACAGCUGGUGGCCGCUGGUGUCCUGGACGUAGCCUAAAUGUAAAGCGUCUAUUUGCGCCCACACGGACUCUCCCCCUAUCAGCUGAACCCCCCCCCCCCCCCCCCUGGCUCAUCGGUUUCUCCCACCAUUUCCAAAUAUUAACUCUUAGGACUGCGGCGUUAAGCCUGACCCUCAUCGUUCCUUCGUUGUGCACCAGCGUGGGCAAAGAAAACAAAGCCCCCACCCUCUGAGAAAUAAACCUGAAUCAAGACGACAAACUCCCCCCCCCCCCCCCCUGCUUCUUUUCUACAGGCAGCUCUCACGUCGCUUACUUUAGUUUCAAACCUCUUUCUAGAAACAAGCCGUUGAUCUGGCGUCUAUAACAAGUCGAUUUUAAGUCCAGUAAAAUGUUAAUGAUGCUCCGUGUCCCCCCCCCCCCCCCCCCCCGACAGAGAACUAUCUGUACUUUCUUUCUCAUGGUGUUCAUAACCACCUCCCCGUGUGACAGUAAUCCUGACUAAACGCAGAGCAGUCUGUUGUAGUGAUAGUAUACUUAGUUGAUUCAGUGUACUUGGACAACGCAUCAUAUAGUCCUGAGAUAACCAAUAACCUUUUUAUCGCUACAUUCAGCAUCUGUGCCGGUGAGAUGGGACGCAGACGUCGGCUCUCUUCUCACGCGGUCCUUUAAGUUAUACGUGUGUACUGUAUGAACCUAUUUAACGCUACAGCUGAUCUUGAGAUGGGGUUUUCUGUUACGGAGCGAACCGUUUACUGAACUUUAUUUAUGAGCGGACGUUACUUUGAGACCUGCGAGCAGAAUGUGUUGAACGCACUUGUUGGUAAUUAACUAUCUGCUGUUUCUUAGUAGAGUAUGAAUCUCACCAUUUUAAAAUCUCAUUGGUCCUGUUUGUGUGCAGUGCUUAGGAGAUGGUACACCUUCAACAGCCUUCAGUAACUAAUGUGACUCAUUCAGCCCGACACUGACUCGUCUUUUAUUAAGGACCCGUCAUUUGACUUCAUCUUUAUUCAUUGCUAUGUAAUGUUUACAUGUAUCUAUGUAUAAAAAUACUAAUAAUAAAUAAAAAAAUUGCAUGUGUGAAAAGCCUUUCCAGUUAAUAAAAACAUUUCCAUUUGUUUUUGAAACGUUGAAGCACAAUGCGCAUCAGAACCUUUGUUACCCGUGGACCUGAUGAUGGCUCUUGUAAAUGAUUCACAAUGUGUUGCUGUUAAAUAAACUAAUUGACCUUA